AUGUCUUUCGUCCAGCGCCGCAUGUUCUCCGCCUCGGCGAGAAGCCUCUCCAAGGUCACCGUCCUCGGUGCCGCCGGUGGCAUUGGCCAGCCCCUCUCCCUGCUCAUGAAGCUCAACCCCAGAGUCACUGAGCUCGCCCUCUACGACAUCCGCGGAGGCCCUGGUGUCGCCGCCGACAUCUCCCACGUCAACACCAAGUCCUCGGUCAAGGGCUACGACCCCACCGCCACUGGCCUUGCCAGCGCCCUCAAGGGCGCCGAGGUUGUCCUCAUCCCCGCCGGUGUUCCCCGCAAGCCUGGCAUGACCCGUGACGACCUCUUCAACACCAACGCCUCCAUCGUCCGCGACCUCGCCAAGGCCUGUGCCGAGUCGUGCCCCGACGCCAACAUCCUCGUCAUCUCCAACCCCGUCAACUCCACCGUUCCCAUCGUCUCCGAGGUCUUCAAGGCUCGCGGCGUCUACAACCCCAAGCGCCUCUUCGGCGUCACCACCCUUGACGUCGUUCGCGCCUCCCGCUUCGUUUCCGAGAUCAAGGGCACCGACCCCAAGGACGAGAACAUCACUGUCGUCGGCGGCCACUCGGGCGUCACCAUCGUUCCCCUUUUCUCCCAGAGCAACCACCCCGACCUGAGCUCCAACGCCGAGCUCGUCAACCGCGUUCAGUUCGGCGGUGACGAGGUCGUCAAGGCCAAGGACGGCGCCGGCUCCGCCACCCUGUCCAUGGCUUUCGCCGGUGCCCGCAUGGCCGAGUCCCUGCUCCGCGCCUCCCAGGGCGAGAAGGGCAUCAUCGAGCCCACCUUCGUCGACUCUCCCCUCUACAAGGACCAGGGCAUUGACUUCUUCUCCUCCAAGGUCGAGCUCGGCCCCAACGGUGUCGAGAAGAUCCUGCCCCUCGGCAAGGUCGACGCCGCCGAGGAGAAGCUCCUCGAGGCCUGCUUCGCCGACCUCAAGAAGAACAUCGCCAAGGGCGUCGCUUUCGUCGCCCAGAACCCCCCCAAAUAA